AUGCACAACCUGAGCAGCUCCAACACAGGUGACUUCACCCUUCUGGGCAUCCCCGGCCUGGAGCAGUACCACGUCUGGAUCAGCAUCCCCUUCUGCUUUGUCUAUCUUGUGGCCACUGGGGGCAACAGUAUCCUUCUCUACCUCAUUGCUGUGGAGCGGAGUCUUCAGGCACCCAUGUUCUUUUUCCUUUCCAUGCUAGCCGUGACGGAUCUGAUCUUGUCUACCACGUGUGUCCCCAAAACCCUUACCAUCUUCUGGCGUGGUCCCCAGAACAUCAGUUUUCCUGGUUGCCUCACCCAGUUAUUCUUUCUGCACUACAGCUUUGUCCUGGACUCGGCUAUACUCCUGGCCAUGGCGUUUGACCGCUAUGUGGCCAUCUGCUCCCCUCUGAGAUACACCACUAUCUUGACCCCUAAGACCAUCAGCAAGAUUGCAGUGGGCAUCUCCUUUCGAAGCUUCUGCGUCAUCCUGCCAGUU